CAAUCAUGUUUUCCAGUUUAAAAUUAUCUGCAGGUAAACUCGUUCGACCUUUAACAAAUGGCAGUAAAUACAGCACUAAAGCCUCUGAAAUCAGAAUUUAUGAGGUGGGUGUCAGAGAUGGUCUACAAAAUGAAGCUAAGUUUGUUCCUACAGAAAUAAAGGUCGAGUUGAUCAGCAAAUUAGCGGCCGCUGGAAUUAAAGACAUUGAAUCUGCAAGUUUUGUUAGUCCCAAAUGGGUGAAGCAAAUGAGUGAUGGAGUGGAAGUUAUGAAGACCAUUAAAAGGGAACCCGGAGUUAACUAUCCUGUACUAAUACCUAACCUUAAGGGCUAUGAAUUGGCUAAAAAAUGCAACAUCGAGGAAAUAGCCAUAUUCCCCGCUGGUUCGGAAUCAUUUUCUCAAAAGAACCUGAACUGCUCAAUGGAGGAGGGUCUGGCGAGGUUCCGAAUGGUCGCCGAGCAGGCGGUGAAGGACGGAAUCAGGGUGCGCAGCUAUGUGUCCUGUGUAGUCGGGUGCCCGUACGAUGGACCUAUAUCUCCUAAAUCUAUUGCAAAGUUGUCAGAAGAGCUGCUGGCCAUGGGUUGUUACGAGAUAUCCCUGGGGGACACCAUCGGCGUGGGGACGCCGGGCUCCGUGCGCCGGCUCUUGAAGGAGGUGCUGACCGUGGCGCCCCCUGAAAAGGUCGCCGUGCACUUUCACGAUACCUACGGACAGGGGCUCGCGAAUCUUGUGGCCGCUUUGGAGUUCGGGUGCACGACUGUGGACUCCUCGAUCUCGGGCCUAGGUGGUUGCCCUUAUGCACGAGGCGCCAGCGGCAACCUGGCUACCGAGGAUCUGGUCUACCACCUCUAUGGUCUCGGCGUCAACACCCAGGUAGACCUCGUGAAGCUGGUCGAGGCGGGCCGGUACAUAUCCAACUUCCUAGGAAAACCCACCGACUCCAAAGUGAACAGAGCUCUGGGUGACAGAUUCAAAAACCACCAAGAUAUUGUCAAAAUUGCGGCUUGUGAACUUUAGCACUACCUAUAUUACUUAAGGAUGUCAACAAUAUGUUAAUCAGAAUGUAAAUAUGUACAUGAUACGCAUAGGUAAAUAAUGAUAUUAAAGUUUUAUAUGCUUAUC